CUGACGCACAAAGUUUCACCAGCCACUGUUGUGGUAAAAAACAUUCAAGCCAAUAGACACACUGACACUAUAAUAAAUAUAAGGGAUCAUUAUUUCAUGUGCCACGCAAUCAUUUUAAAACUUUACUCAAAACAAAUGUUUAAAAAUUUGGGAAAAAAUAUGUUGAAUAUUUCCACACGUCAAUUGUCUCCAAAUGGCUUUAGUAAUGUUUAUCAAUGGAUGAUUUCGGAAAUGGGAAAAAUACCCAUGCUUAAUAUGCCCGAAGUUCUCAGAGCUGCAUCAUAUUUGGAGAUAACUGAGCUUCUUGAGCAUGCCUGGAACGUUCUAAAUAGUCAUAUCUAUACUAAUUUUUCAGCAUUUAAUAUAAUGUUUAAAGUGCGUCACGCCUAUGAACUGGAUGAGAUAAACGAAUUGAUGGCUAGCCGCAUAUCCAAAGCAACUUUGGUAAUACUAUCCAGUCGUGAGUUUCUUUGCCUUAAUGAAAAUCAGGUGUGCCAUUUGCUAGCAUCCAGCUCUUUGGCAGUAAACUCGGAAAUGGAGUUAUUAUACAGUGCUUUUAUGUGGCUUAAUCAUUUGUGGCCAUGUCGCAGAUCCAGCACAGCUAAAAUCCUACAAAAUAUUCGAUUUGCUUUUAUGUCGCCAACAAUGUUGAACAAGUUUAAAAAAUUGGAAUGCCACAAUACAGGCACCUUUAGCAAAAUUUUUAAUGAAUUUGGUAAUCUACCAAAACUAACACAACUUAUUCAGGAUGCAUUAUUUUGUAGCACCUUAAGAAGUCUGAAAGAGAUUUUGACCAGUUCAUGGAAUGUGGAGAUGAUAAUGAAGAUUCCAAGAAACAAGAAGAUUGUCAAAUUGAAACUAGCUUGGGCAAAAUAA